AGUGAGGUUAUUCCAAUCCAAACACACACUCACUCAGUUGUAUUUUCACUUUCACACAACGCGCCGCCUUCCUCUUUCACCUGCGAGCUUCCCCAAACCCUCUCCAACCCUUGUUUCUCUUCACUUUCUCGCUCUCUCUUUUCUUCAUCAAUGGAUAUCGAGGAGGACAUUCGUUCUUUACAGCUUGAUUCUGCGGAAGAGACUAAUGGAUCAGUAACGCCAGAGGAUGUGAAGCCAGAAGUUGAUAAAUCUGAACAUAUGGAUGAAGAUCCAAAACCAGAAGUUCAAGCAGAACCUAUCGAUGUUGAACCAAAAGCAAAAGAGAAGGAAAUUCCUCCUACACAGGACGAAGAUGAUGAGGCGGAGAUGAUGAAAAAAAGGCACUUAAAUGUUGUGUUUAUUGGUCAUGUAGAUGCUGGUAAAUCUACAACAGGAGGUCAGAUAUUGUUUCUAAGUGGCCAGGUUGAUGAAAGAACUAUCCAAAAAUAUGAGAAAGAAGCUAAAGACAAAAGUAGAGAAAGCUGGUAUAUGGCUUAUAUUAUGGACACAAACGAGGAGGAGAGAGUAAAGGUAUGAAUAUAUAAUUAUGUGAAUGCGGUAAUCUGGAUAUAUUUGUCAGAGACAACAAGGUUUACAAUUUUGGAUGCACCUGGUCACAAAAGUUAUGUACCUAACAUGAUCAGUGGUGCAUCUCAGGCUGAUAUUGGAGUGUUGGUAAUUUCAGCUCGAAAGGGAGAAUUUGAAACAGGAUACGAGAGAGGUGGACAAACUCGUGAACAUGUCCAGCUCGCAAAAACGCUGGGGGUGGCUAAAUUGCUUGUUGUUGUCAAUAAAAUGGAUGAGCCGACUGUGGAAUGGUCGAAAGAAAGGUAUGAUGAAAUUGAGUCCAAAAUGACACCAUUUCUAAGACAAUCAGGAUACAAUGUGAAAAAAGAUGUCAUUUUUCUACCAAUAUCUGGGUUGGUCGGUACAAAUAUGAAGACAAGAGUGGAUAAAAAAAUCUGCCCAUGGUGGAAUGGCCCAUGCUUAUUUGAAGCACUUGACGCUGUUGAAGUUCCUGAGCGAGACCCCAAAGGCCCCUUUAGGAUGCCUAUAAUUGACAAAUUCAAAGACAUGGGAACUGUUGUUAUGGGAAAAGUGGAAUCUGGUACCGUUCGUGAGGGAGAUUCCUUGUUGGUUAUGCCAAAUAAGGCUCAAGUAAAAGUUGUUGCUAUAUUUAUUGAUGAGGAUAAGGUAAAACGUGCUGGACCUGGUGAAAAUUUAAGGAUUAGAUUAUCUGGUGUUGAAGAAGACGACAUAUCAAGUGGGUUUGUCCUAUCAAGUGUUGCAAAUUCAAUACCAGCUGUUACUGAGUUUGUUGCUCAAUUGGCAAUCCUUGAAUUGCUGGACAAUGCUAUUUUUACUGCGGGGUAUAAGGCUGUUUUGCAUAUCCACUCUGUUGUUGAAGAAUGUGAGAUUAUUGAGCUCUUACAUCAAAUUGAUCCAAAAACAAGGAAGCCUAUGAAAAAAAAGGUCCUCUUCGUGAAGAACGGGGCUAAUGUUGUGUGCCGAAUUCAGGUUAAUAGCAUGAUAUGCAUUGAGAAGUUCUCUGAUUUUCCACAGCUUGGGAGAUUUACUCUUCGCAGUGAAGGGAAAACUGUUGCAGUGGGGAAGGUUACUGCUCUGUAAGUUUGUGACAAUUUUGACUCGAGAUCUUUGUCACUUUGUGUGAGCAGGACAUGAUUUAUGCAAAGACAAAUGCUGUGGCAGCAGUGAGGCAUCAAGUUUGAAAUAUAAUACUCAUUUGGGUAUUUCUUUUGAUUUAUUUGGAUACUGAGUUCUAGAAGAGUUAUAUGUUGGUGCUGUUUUGCUUGUGUAUUCUUCUUAUAUGGCCUUGCAAGGCCUUUAGCUGCUUUGUUAUUUUGAAAUUGAUCCACCGAUUAGCUGUGGAAAUCUGAUAUUAUCAAUUCUCUAUGUUAUGACCUGUAUAUUUUAGAGACAUGUUUUUGAAAACAUUAUUGAGAUAUAGUUUUUUCUUCA